AUGACCUCGCGGUCGUUAGCGAAUCGAGAAGGGCGAGAGUAUCUAGUGAGAACACUAAUUCUUUUGGCUGCCCUCGCCGCAGUAUCAUCAGCAGCACCAGGCUACCUGUACGGUUACCACCAGCAACCAGCUCCACUGGCCCACGAUGGCCGCGUUGUUGAGACCCCGGAAGUAGCUCACGCGAAAGCAGUUCAUUUGGCAACUCAAGCUCACGAAGCGGCCCGUAACAGCCACGGCUACGCCGGACACUAUGGCCACGAUGAUCACCACGAAUACGCUUACGCUCCAGCACUCGCUUACUCUCACCCACAUGUGAGCCACGUCUUCGCACCAACAAUCGCUCACCACGGACCCCCGGCACCUUUGGCUCACGAUGGACGUGUCGUCGACACCCCCGAGGUCGCUCAUGCCAAGGCUGCCCACCUCGCUGCCCAUGCUCACGAAGCCGCUAAGACUGGACACGGUUACGGUCAUGCUUACGCCGCUCCACUUUACUCUGCUUACGCCUACUCCCCAUCUCACUCUUACGGACACGGUUACGCCUACGGCGGAGCUCCUCUUGGACCAGACGGCAACGUCGUUGACACCCCUGAGGUAGCUCACGCUAAAGCUGCUCACUUCGCUGAAGUUGCCAAAGCUGCUGCUGAAUCCCACCACCACGGCCAUUACUAUUAA